AACUUUCGGAAAUGCACAGGGCGCUUUCAUUGAUAGCGUGACCACCCUCUUCCUUCUUCCUCCUUCCUUCCUUCCUUCCUGCGCGCGCGUGUUUGAGAGAGAGAGAGAGAGAGAGAUGGCGGAAGAGGGACAGGUGAUCAGUUGCCACAGCGUCGAGUCGUGGAGCGAGCAAAUCAACAAGAGCAACGAACCCGACAAGCUGGUGGUUGUCGAUUUCACUGCUUCAUGGUGCGGACCAUGCCGUUUCAUUGCACCAUUCCUGGCAGAGCUGGCCAAGAAAUUUCCUAAUGUUCUGUUUCUGAAAGUUGAUGUUGAUGAACUGAAGACGGUCGCUCAAGAGUGGGCUGUGGAGGCAAUGCCGACUUUCGUGUUUGUGAAGGAAGGAAAGAUUGUUGAGAGGGUGGUGGGAGCCAAGAAAGAUGAGUUGCAGAUGACUUUAGCCAAGCACAUGGCAACUGCUUCCGCUUAAUCAUCAUGUAAAUGCUAUCCUACAAACAAUCUCUUUCGUUUUGUUUUAAGGAGGACUUACGUACAAUGUCCGUUUGAUGUAAUGAGAUCUCUCUGAAUCUGGUUGUUCCUAGACAUACCUAUCUACCUUCGCUGCGUCAAAUGUCUCGUCUUAUAAAUGUGAUUUCCAAGGGAAUAUUGCAUAUUAAGUUACUCUGGGAGCCUUGAG